AUGUCGUCAAGAUCAAGUUUGUCAUCUGCUACUCAAUCUCAAUUAGANAAGAGUAAGAGUACGAUGUCGUCAAGAUCAAGUUUGUCAUCUGCUACUCAAUCUCAAUUAGAUGAUGAUGUUAUACAAGAUUAUGAUAUUACUUAUGCUAAUGAAGAAGAACGUAAAUUACAAUUAAUUAAAACAAUUUCAGCAAUAACUCAUGGAGAUUUAGAUAACCAAUUAGAAUCAAUAUCAAGAGAAAUUAGUCGAUCAAUUACCAAUAAAUCAAAUGAUUUAUUUCAUUUAAAAUUAGAUGAAUUUAAUUUAUCACGAGUAUUAGCUAAUUUAGUUUAUUUUAGUAAUAAACAAGGAAUUAAAUUAAGAAAAUCAGGUGUUUCUUUCACUGAUUUAAAUGUUUAUGGUAUUGAUGAAUCAUUUGCAAUCAUUCCCACUGCUUUAGAUAUCUUAAAGGGACCAAUUGGUGCUAUUCAAGCGGCAAGAGCCAAAAAACCAGUUGAUAAAAAUAUCAUCCGUAAUGCAAAUGGUUAUGCUAAACCUGGUGAAAUGGUAUUGGUAUUAGGUAGACCAGGAGCAGGUUGUUCUACUUUUUUAAAAGCUUUGAGUGGAACUGAUUUUGAUUUAUAUAAAGGUAUUACUGGUGAUAUUAAAUAUGAUGGUUUACCACAACUGGAAAUGUUAAAAUCGUUUAAAAAUGAUUUAAUUUAUAAUCCUGAAUUAGAUGUUCAUUUCCCUCAUUUAACCGUUGAUCAAACUUUAAGUUUUGCUAUUGGUUGUAAAACCCCCAAUAUUAGAAUUAAUGAUAUUACCAGAGAACAAUUCAUUCAAGCUAAAAAAGAAGUAUUAGGUACUAUUUUCGGUUUAAGACAUACUUUCCAUACUAAAGUUGGUAAUGAGUUUGUUAGAGGUGUUUCUGGUGGAGAACGUAAACGUGUUUCCAUUGCUGAAGCUUUAGCUUGUAGAGGAUCAGUUUAUUGUUGGGAUAAUGCAACUAGAGGUUUAGAUGCUUCGACUGCUUUAGAAUUUGCUCAAGCUAUUAGAACUGGUACUAAAUUAUUAAGAACAACUGCUUUUGUAAGUAUUUAUCAAGCUGGUGAAAAUAUCUAUGAAUUAUUUGAUAAAGUUACCGUGUUGUAUAAGGGUAGACAAAUUUAUUUUGGUCCUGCUAACGAAGCUAAAGAAUAUUUUGUUAAUAUGGGUUGGGAAUGUCCUGCAAGACAAACCACGGCUGAAUUCUUAACUGCAAUCACUGAUCCAAUUGGUAGAACCCCAAGACCAGGGUUUGCAAGCAAAGUCCCAAACACCGCUGAAGAAUUUGAAGCAUAUUGGUUACAUUCACGAGAAUAUGAACAUCUUAAACAACAAAUUGAAGUCUAUAAUCAAGAAGUAGACCAUGAUGAAACCAGACAACAUUACUACGAUUCAAUCAUGCAAGAGAAAAUGAAACACACUCGUAAGACAUCUCAUUUUACCGUCUCAUAUUGGGAACAAUUACGUUUAUGUACAAUCAGAUCAUUUAACCGAGUAUGGGGAGAUAAAGCCUACACAAUCACCAUAAUCAUCGCCGCCAUUUCACAAGCAUUCGUAGCUGGUUCAUUAUACUACAACACUCCCGAUGACGUUUCAGGGGCAUUUUCCCGUGGUGGUGUCAUUUUCUUCGGGGUAUUAUUCAUGACAUUACUUGGUCUCGCUCAAGUUUCCGCAUCCUUCUCCAACCGUCCUAUCCUCAUGAAACACAAAAAUUAUUCCAUGUAUCACCCUUCCGCUGACGCCUUGUCCCAAUUCGUCAUUUCCAUCCCAUUAUCCCUCCUCACCAACUUAUUCUUCGUCAUCAUCCUAUAUUUCCUAUCCAAUCUCGCUCGUCAGGCCGGCAAAUUCUUUAUAUUUUACCUAUUCAUCAUCCUAUGUCAACUCACAAUGUCAAACUUAUUCCAAGCUGUCGCAUCCCUCAAUAAAACCAUCUCGGCCGCCAAUGCUUUCGCUGGGGUAUUGGUGCUUGCAUCAUUGAUGUAUUCUAGUUAUAUGAUCCAACGACCAUCAAUGCAUCCUUGGUUCGAAUGGAUUUCAUACAUCAACCCUGUCUUGUAUGCCUUUGAAGCCAUUAUUGCUUCGGAAUUCCAUGGAAGGAGAAUGGAAUGUGUGGUUCCAUAUUUGACACCCUCGGGACCCGGUUUUGAGAAUUUAGCACCUGGGGAACAAGUUUGUGCAUUUGUUGGAAGUACUCCUGGGCUGAGUUAUGUGGUUGGAGAUGCUUAUUUGAGAAUAGCGUUCGGAUAUGAGUUUAGUCAUGUUUGGAGGAAUUUUGGGGUUUUGCUUGCGUUUUUGACAUUAUUUUUAAUUGUGAAUUGUUUAGGUACGGAAUUUGUUAGGCCCGUGAGUGGAGGUGGUGAUAAAUUGUUAUUCCUUAGAGGGAAAGUGCCUGAUCAUAUCGUGAAGCCUUUGCAAGGAGAUUUGGAAUCCGGGUCGGGUGGUAGUAGUAGUACUGAACUUGAGAAAGGUCCCAGAGUGAGUGAAGGUGAACAAACACCACCAAGUAGACAAUUAACUGAUUUGAGAGUGAAGGAUAUUUUCGUUUGGAAGAAUGUUGAUUAUGAUAUUCCUUAUGAUGGUGCAAUCCGGAGAUUAUUAGAUAAUGUAAGUGGAUAUUGUAUUCCUGGAACUUUGACUGCAUUAAUGGGAGAAUCAGGGGCUGGUAAAACAACAUUAUUAAAUACAUUAGCUCAAAGGAUUGAUUUUGGAGUCGUGACUGGUGAUAUGUUAGUUAAUGGAGCUCCACUCGAUCUGUCAUUCUCAAGAAGAACAGGAUAUGUUCAGCAACAAGAUAUUCAUGUUAUUGAAGUCACCGUUCGUGAAUCACUACAAUUUGCAGCUAGAUUACGUCGUUCUACCGAUGUCCCAGAUUCCGAAAAAUUAGAUUAUGUUGAAAAAAUCAUCAAUGUAUUAGACAUGCAAGAUUAUGCCGAUGCCGUUGUAGGGAGAUUGGGUAAUGGAUUAAAUGUUGAACAACGGAAGAAAUUAUCCAUUGCGGUUGAAUUAGUUGCCAAACCUUCUUUGUUAUUAUUCCUUGAUGAACCCACUUCUGGUCUAGAUUCUCAAUCCGCAUGGGCCAUUAUCAAAUUAUUACGUGAUUUAGCAAACGCGGGUCAAUCUAUCUUAUGUACGAUCCAUCAACCCCUGGCCACCUUAUUUGAAGAAUUCGAUCGGUUGUUGCUAUUAAGAAAGGGUGGUCAAACUGUUUAUUUCGGUGAUAUCGGUGAUCAUUCCAAGGUGAUUCUUGAUUAUUUUGAACGAAAUGGAGCUAGACAUUGUGAUGAUCAUGAAAAUCCAGCAGAAUAUAUCUUGGAAGCAAUUGGGGCUGGUGCUGCUACAACAGUUGAUCAGGAUUGGUUUCAAAUCUGGGAAGGAUCUGCUGAGAAGAAAGCUACCGAUGCGAAGAGAGAUCAAUUAAUUGCGGAAUUGACUGGUGGUUCUAAUGCUGAUGCUGGUGAGGUGGUUGAAAAAGGAUUGACGAAGAAAUAUGCUACUCCAAUAUGGUAUCAAUUCAGAUAUGUCUGGCAUAGGAAUGCAUUAACAUUCUUCCGUGAUCCAGAAUAUAUCGCCUCCAAGAUCUUCUUAAUGACAAUUUCAGGGUUAUUUAUUGGUUUUACAUUCUUUGGAUUGAAAUAUACUAGAACUGGAGCUCAGAAUGGGAUGUUUUGUUCAUUUUUAUCUGUGGUUGUAAGUGCACCUGUGAUUAAUCAAAUUCAGGAGAAAGCAAUUGGUGGACGUGAUUUAUUUGAAGUUAGAGAGAAAUUAUCAAAUACUUAUCAUUGGUCUUUGUUAAUUCUUUCCCAAUUCUUGAAUGAAUUGCCUUAUUUAUUCAUUGGUGCUGGUCUUAUGUUUGUUUCAUUAUAUUUCCCAACACAAGUCACGGUUACCCCAUCUCAUACUGGUGUUUUCUAUCUUACUCAAGGGAUCUUUUUACAAAUGUUUGCUGCAUCAUUUGGAUUAAUGCUUCUUUAUAUUGCUCCUGAUUUAGAAACUGGUGCUGUAUUGGUUUCAUUCUUUUAUACAUUUGUUGUUGCUUUCAGUGGGGUUGUUCAACCAGUCCAUUUAAUGCCAGGAUUUUGGACAUUUAUGAAUAAAUUAUCUCCAUAUACUUAUUUCAUUGGGAAUUUAGUUUCAUCCUUCCUUCAUGGUCGACCAAUUAGAUGCUCAGAUGAAGAAUUAGCAUUCUUCAAUCCACCAUCAGGUGAAACUUGUGGAGAAUUCUUACAAGAUUUCUUGAAUGCUCAAGGAGGAUAUUUGAUUAAUCCAGAUGCUGAUUCUCAAUGUGGAUAUUGUCUUUAUAGUAAUGCUGAUGAUUAUUUAAAGACAGUUGGGUAUAAAUUUGCUUAUAGGUGGAGAAAUGUUGGGUUUUUCUGUGCUUAUGUUUUGUUUAAUAUACUGAUUUGUUUAAUACUUUAUUAUUAUUUGAGAUAUAAGAAGGUUAAAUUGAAUUUAAGUUUCUUAAAGAAGAAGAGUAGUUAG